GAAAGAAGCUGAACGUUAGUCAAAGAUUAUUAUUAUUAUAUUAAAUUAUACUAACCUUGUCUUCAUGCACGACUGGAGGUCAAUUGGUAACUCCGUACCCCAUUCUGCUAUAAAAUGCUCCCAACACUGGCAGAGGCUUGCACAUGUUCUUUCUUCUUCUUCUUCUUCCAAGAUAGAAUUAGUAAGCCAAAAGACCAAUCAUGGCCAGCUCUUCCUCGCCUGCUCCUACUGCUAAGAGAUUAGAAGGCAAGGUAGCUUUGAUAACCGGAGGAGCUAGUGGAAUUGGCGAGUGCACUGCACGGCUCUUUGCACGACACGGCGCUAAGGUCAUAAUCGCGGAUGUUCAAUCCGAAUUGGGUCGCUCUGUAGCAGAGAAAAUCGGAUCCGAAACCGGCCAACCAGUUACAUACGUGGAUUGCAACGUAACAGUAGAAUCCGACGUGGAAAACGCAGUGAACACUGCCGUUUCACUGCACGGAAAGUUAGAUAUAAUGUUCAACAACGCUGGAAUCGCAGGAAACAACCACGACAAGAUAUUGUCAACAGAACGGGAAGAUUUCAUGCGGGUUUUGGACAUCAAUAUCUACGGUGGAGUUCUGGGAGCCAAACACGCCGCAAGAGUAAUGAUUCCAGAAAAGAAAGGGUGUAUUCUAUUUACAGCAAGUGUUUCUUCAGCUUUAUAUGGCGGGCCUUAUGCUUAUACAGCUUCAAAGCACGCCGUUGUUGGGUUAGCCAAGAACUUGGCAAUAGAGUUGGGGCAACAUGGAAUAAGGGUUAAUUGCAUUUCUCCAGGCGCAGUACAAACCGGCUUGGCGAAACAAUUGGGUUUGAGCGAACAGCAAGUUCAAGAAUGGAGUUCUGCUUUGGCCAAUCUGAAAGUGGUCAAGUUAGAGGUCAAUGAUAUUGCUGAGGCUGCUUUGUACCUUGCUAGUGAUGAUUCAAAAUUUGUUAGUGGGUUGAAUCUUUUGGUUGAUGGAGCUGCUAGCUUGCCUACUACUACAAGAGCUUAUUAGCAUUUUAUUAUCUGAAAACCACAAGAUUACAAAUAAUUUUGCAGAUUUCUCAAGCUAAUUUUGCUGCAAAUUCCAUUGUAUUUUAUUCUAUCAACUGCACAAGAGUGCCAUUAAUAAAUGAUUUCUUCCAAUUAAGUUUUA